GGAGUUUCACAACGGAAUGAUUACUUCUCUAAAUGUCAACGAGGAAGCUUACGGCAUGAUGUUAAAAACGAAACGAAUACUCACUGCAAGUUCUAUGAGAAACAGUACGAGUUGUCAGAAACUUUUACCAUUUCUAAUGCGUCAAAAAAAAGACAAGGCAAAGGAGAUGGAGACUCAAUUUACGGAAUCGCGUCCUUUGGGUCCGCCUAGGGUACGACCUUUUCUUCGCAGCAAUUUAUCACACGAAAAUUCUCAAACUGUAAAUAGUAACGAUCCAGAGAGCUUCCAAUGUGCAAUAGGGCCUAUUUUAGGAAUGGCCCAAAUAUUCGGAGUAUUGCCAGUCUUAGGAGUAUCCGCGCCAAAUCCGUUGAAGCUAAAGUUUGUGAAAUUUUCAUUUCGUACUGCCUAUGCUGUUUCCGUAACUAUGAUGGUGUUUUUUAUGGCGAUAUUAGCAAUUAUGCACAUGAUAAAGACGCUAAAUGCUACAGCUUUCGAAGUGGAAGGAGGAGUAGCAGCUGCAACUGCAGGCGCAAUAUUUUAUGGGAACAGCGUAAUAGGUUUGAUCAUAUUUCUUUGGCUGGCACCGCGUUGGGUAACUCUUCAAUGCGAUUGGAGAGCUAUGGAACAUUUUAUAGACAGUAAUAACAUAGAACGACCGAAACUUCGUUGGAGAUUCAAUUUGAUAACUGCUUCUAUUCUGCUUUUGGCUCUUGGUGACCAUAUCUUGAGUAUAGCUGUCAUGAAAAAUUAUGAUUGGAGCAAUAUGAAGAAUUCGUCAAUUCCACAUUUUCUACAAACAUAUUGCAUAUCUAAUCACGCGUUUGUUCUGGAGCAAUUGAAUUAUAACCUUGCACUCGGAAUUUUCGUCUUUAUUGUCAGCAAACUGGCAACUUUUACAUGGAAUUUUGUGGAUGUUUUCAUCAUGUUGGUAGCUACUGGUUUAGCCGAAAGAUACAAAGCGUUGAACAAGAAAUUAACAAUUUGUGCAUCGAAGCAUAGGACAAUCGACUGGUGUGGUAUCCGUGAAGAUUAUGCUACACUUAGUUGCAUGGUGAAAAAGGUGGACAACGAUAUCUCACCUAUAAUCCUUUUGUCAUUUGGAAACAAUCUUUAUUUUAUUUGUUUGCAACUACUUAAUGGAUUGUCAAAAAGAACUGACAGCACCAUCGUCAGCGAUAUCUAUUACUUUGGAUCCUUUAUAUUCUUAAUCGGUAGGACAGUGCUGGUCACUUUGCUCAUUGCUAGGAUCAACGAUCAAAGCAAAGUGGUAUUACCGAUUUUGUAUAAUUGUUCAGCUUCUACCUUUAAUGAAGAGACGGAAAGGCUUACAUAUCAACUUACUACUGAUGACAUUGCACUUACGGGAAUGCGCUUCUUUUCUAUUACGCGGAACUUCAUGUUAGCAGUAGCUGGUGCAAUUGUAACAUACGAAGUCGUGUUGCUUCAAUUCAAUAUCUCGAUAAACGAAUAACAGUAUA